UGCGCUCGUUCCGCCGUGUCCGACCUAUCAGAUGUCGCUCUGGGUGUUUAGAACUGCUCUAAAAAGAUUUCAGAACAAAUGGAAAUCGUACAGACACAGGUUUGUGCCUUGGGUCGUAAUGAACCUGUCUAAAAAUGAGAAAACCCUGCGGCAGGUGACGGAGCCCUCGAAAGACAAACUGGUCCCAGACGACGAGGUUUCACGGAGCCUGCUGCAGCUCUUCAGAGUCCUGUUCAGGAGUCAUGGGGCUAAUCAUGGGGAGCUCCGAGCAGCUCAAACUCACUUUCUCAGACAGGUAACAAGUGAAGAAGACCAGUGUGGAGGAAAUGCAGCGUGUGGAGAUGAUGCCAUGUUACAGGCUCUGGGAUUCUGUAUUGACCGGAAGCCUAGCACUUUGCCCUCUGCAGGAACUGGGGUGUUUAUCACCAAAGGAUUUGUGCCCAAAGGAGCCACAGUGGCCAUGUAUCCUGGCACAGUCUAUCAAGCCUAUGAGCCAAUUCUCCUCCAGUCCAUUAGAAACCCUUUUAUAUUCAGGUGUAUUGAUGGUGUCUUGAUUGAUGGGAAUGACAAAGGUAUCUCCAAAAUGGUGUUCAAGUCCUGUAGUGGCAGGGACAGAAUAUGGCCUUUCAUGAUGAGUGACACCAGCUGGCUGACAGCCAGUCCACAAAACCCACUUGCUGUUGGUCAGUACGUGAACAACUGCUCCAACGAGUGGCCUGCUAAUGUGUGCUACCAGGAGUAUGACGUGCCGGACAAAUUUCCCAUCGAGCUCCGCCAGUAUCUGCCUAAUGUCAACUACAGCCAGGCCACACAGAGGCGUCUACGCUGUGUGGUCCUUGUAUCACUCAGAGACAUUACAGCAGGGGAGGAACUCUUUUCGAACUACUACACCAUUGUGCAUUAGAUUCAAAAUACACUCCACUGUUCUGCUUUGGUGUCAGAACUGAAGAAAAUGUAAAAUUUUCAAAUUCAACCAAUAUCAUCAUGGUCUGUCUUCCAAAGGGAACACCCAUUUUCAGAAACAUCUCUCUUUGAACACACAGCAUUGCACUGGAAUAAAAGAAAAACAUGUCAUGUAUGGAUUAUUGUACUAUGCAAGAAACAGAAAUGCUGUUUAUUGUCUAUUGUAAGAAUAUACAGAACAACCUAAGAUUAAUUGGGCCAGGGAAAUAGGCCACACAGCAUGUUCCAGAUCUGAGCUAAAGUCCAAGUUGCAAUUCAAAAGUACCCUAUUACAUUUAAAGAUUGUGCAUUCAAAACAUCACAUAAGUAAAAAGUGUUAUAAGUGAAAGGUGUUAUCAGCAAUAUUACAUACAUUACAGCAUAUUACCUGUGUUUUUAGAGUGUUGUGUUUAUUAUUUAUAUAAAAAUAAUAUUUUAUAUUA